CAUGCGGAUUGGUUUACGUCGCCUGUCAUUCAGCUGAGUGGAAGCAGCGGCGCAGCCAACAGCAGGCUGCUGGGACUAGCCUCAGAUAUGAACUCCCUGGAACAGGCCGAAGACCUGAAGGCCUUUGAGAGAAGAUUGACAGAGUAUGUCUCCUGUUUGCAACCUGCAACAGGGAGGUGGAGAAUGAUUCUGAUCGUAGUGUCUGUUUGUACGGCUACGGGGGCUUGGAACUGGUUAAUAGACCCGGACACACAGAAGGUCUCUUUUUUUUCAUCACUGUGGAAUCAUCCCUUCUUCACCAUCAGCUGCGUAACUCUUAUAGCUCUCUUCUUUGCUGGGAUACACAAACGAGUUGUGGCACCAUCAAUUAUUGCUGCCCGCUGUCGGACAGUUUUAGCAGAAUACAACAUGUCCUGUGACGAUACGGGGAAACUUAUACUGAAGCCACGACCGAACAUCCAGUAACUCCAGCUCGAGUGCCAGUCAGAUGUACCUGGUCUCUGUUGAUGGCACUGACCCUCCGUGUCCUGAGUCCUUUGGCUGGUCUGAACAGGACCAAGAGGAACAGCACUGAGGCUCAUCAUAAUGGAAAUGGAUUUGAAAGACCGAUGAACUGAUUGGGCCUUUUAACACUGUCGCUGUGCCGAUGUCACGAUUGCACAUGAGAGCGCCGAUGUGUUUUUUUUUUCUUCCGUUUCUGAUGUUGAGCAUGUAUUUUAACGAAUUGUUUCUAUUUUUAAAGUUAUUUACCUAAUAAAGACUUCAGGUGUGAAA